UGUGCCUUUCGUUUCCUUUCGCAGUAAACGUUCUUCCGAGAAAUUCCAAGGGGAUCUCAGCCAAGCUGAGGGGGAAGGGACCUGCCCGCGCCCGGGUGGGGGGAGGCGGAGGGAGACCGAAGGGCACUGCUCCCCGCGCCGCCCCCGCCGCCCGGAGCCCCGGAGCCGCGGCACCCCAGGGAUGUGAGUGUGCCCCCGACCCGAGGCCCGCGCUCCACGCCUAGACCCGCGGCCGGUGUCCCAGACGACCCCCGCCCGCAGCCCCCGCGCCUUCCCGAGGCCCGCCUGGAGCAUGUUGCCUGCAGCCAUGAAGGGCCUCGGCCUGGUGCUGCUGGCCGCUCUGCUGUGCUCGGCCCCCGCUCACGGCCUGUGGUGCCAGGACUGCACACUGACCACCAACUCCAGCCACUGCACUCCCAAGCAGUGCCAUCCGUCGGACACGGUGUGUGCCACUGUCUGGAUCACAGACCCCAGCAGCAGCAGGAAGGAUCAUUCCGUGAACAAGAUGUGUGCCUCAUCCUGUGACUUUGUGAAGCGGCACUUUUUCUCAGACUAUCUGAUGGGCUUCAUUAACUCUGGGAUCUUGAAAGUGGACGUGGACUGCUGCAAGAAGGAUUUGUGCAAUGGGGUGGCACAGGCGGGGCGCAGCCCCUGGGCCCUGGCCGGGGGGCUCCUGCUCAGCCUGGGGCCUGCCCUCCUCUGGGCUGGACCCUGAGGCCCCCUCCCCCUCGCAGGGCUUCCGAGCUUGUCCCCCCACACCUGAGCCUGUGGCUGCCCCCUCCCCAGCCUGGCAUGGCUGGCACUGGGGGCAGCCUUGGCUCCGCUCCGCAGCCUGUGGCUCCUGCCCGCCCCAGCUGUGAGACCUCCCUAUCUCCCCACCAGCUCCAAGUUGCAGCCACAGGACAUCUCAGGGAUGAGGCGUCCGGCAGGAGGCUGGGCCCCUGGGUCCUUGAGGGGAAGCCGGGCCCAGCCCAACAGCCUGGCUGUGAGGAUA